ACAUGGCGGCCGCGCCGCUGCUCGGGCGGGGGUCUUGGUGUCGUCACUUCCGCCCCGCCACCGGAAGCGGCGGCCGGGCUGCUAUGGAGACGGCCGAGGGCCGCCCGGCGGUGGCGGCGACGCUGCGGGCGCUGAACGCGGCGCUGGGGGGGCCGGCGGCGCUGUGGGUGAAGGAGAGCAGCGCCCGCAACCUGCGGCACCGGGACUUCCUGGCGCCGCGGGCCGCGCUAAGGGCCGCCUUCACCGGGGGGCAGGUGCCCGCUGCCGUCAUCGCGGGCGUGACGUCAGCGUCGGGCCCCGGGGUGCUGGCGGUGCGGGGCUGCCAGCAGACGGCGGCGGGGCUGGCCGUGCAGCUGCGGCGCCCCGAGGCCUUCCGCCGCCUGCUGGGCCCCCCGCCCGGCCCGGCCCCCCCGCCCGCCGCGGGGCCGGGGCCGGGGCCGGGGCCGGAGGCGGUGGUGCUGCACUGCCCGGCCCUGCGCGGCCCCGCCGCCCUGGCGCCCCGCCACCUGCGGCCCGUGCUGCUCGCCGACCACCUGGCCCAGCUGCUGCGCGCCCAGGGGGUCGGCGCCCGCCUGGUCCCUGCUGUCAGCAACCAGGGGAGCCUGGAGGUCCUGCGGCAGCUCCGCGUGGAGUGGCCCUCCGGCGGUGCCGCCAGCCCCGACGCUGUCUCGGCCUUGAAGCAAGCGCUCGGCCGCUGUCCCUACGCCGCAGCGUGUGAGCCAGGCGCGGCCUCGCUGCCCGAGGAAGUCAUCUGUAAAGUGCACCUGAAGAGCUUCGUGGAGCAGCAGGGCUUGGCGGGCUACGACCCCAACCUGGAUGUCCUCCUAGUGACAGAGGGGAAGCUGCGGUCCCUGGCUGAGCUGCAGCAGGCCGUUCUGCAGUGCACGGCUGGAGGCCAAGGGAGCCGCUGCAGCGUCGUGCACGUGGUGAGCUGCGAGGAGGAAUUCCAGCAGCAGCAGAUGGACCUGCUCUGGAGGAUUUUGGAUCCAGGAGCCCACACAGCUUCGCAGAAGCACCUUGUCUGUGGGCCAGUGAAGGUGACGAACCCCUCGUUCCCCAUCGGGGCAGACCAGUACUUUCAGCUCCGAAAGCGCCAGAUGUACGACGCCUCCGUGCUGAAGUACGGGGAGCUCGCGCAAGAUGAGGCCUGGACUGAGGUCAUCGACACCCUGACGGCGGCUGCCAUCAGGUUUGAGCUGCUGAGCACCGCGCACCGCAGCCAGCUCACCCUGGACCUGGAGGCCAGCAGCAUCUCCACAAAGGGAACCAAGAGCGGCGCCUUCGUGAUGUACAACUGUGCCCGGCUGGCCACGCUCUUCGACACCUACCUGCGGGCUGUGGAGCAGGGAACGUACCCGCCUCUGCCACCAGCAGCCACACUGAACUUUUCCUGCCUCCGGGAAGAGGGAGAAUGGCUCCUGCUUUUCAACUACCUCCUGCCUUUCCCCGAAGUCUUGCAGCAAGCAGCACAGCUGCCCGCACCCAGCAAGGGGCUCCGGAUCACAGCCAACACCGAGGCAGUGUGCAAGUUCCUGAUCCAGCUCAGCAUGGACUUCAGCUCCUACUACAACCGGGUCCACGUUCUCGGGGAGCCCUUCCCUCACCUCUUUGACCAGAUGUUUGCCCGCCUCCAGCUGCUGGGAGCGGUGAGAGACUUGUUCCACCGUGCCCUGGCGACUCUGCACCUCCCUCCUCUCAGCCAGAUCUGAGCCACCUCUGAGGAGUGGCACCGCGGAGGGACAGCCACCAGCCCCGCGAGGGGAAGGACAGGCCACGGGGCUGCCUGAGGGCUACGGCUGGAGAGUCCAGGCACACCUGAACCCCGUAGCGGUGCUUCCCCAUUCCCAGACCGUGGUCUGAGGGUUUUAGACACGCACCCCGUAGCUGUGCCCAGCGUGGGCGAUGGGCGAGCCUGCCACCCGCCUGCUGGGGAUGAGAGCCUGCAGCGUCCCGGGGCGCACCAGGGGACCAGCACACCCACAGCACCAGGCACCGAUCUCCAAAGCCAUUUAUUGAAGGGCAGCUCUGCUGGCGGAGAGCUCCUGCGGCCCGAGGGCUGCCAACGCUCCAGUUGGUCCAGUACGUCCAAUACAGUCGUUGCUGGACAA